AUUAGGCUGUGAUGAAGGAGCAAAGAAAGCUUUAACAGCUGUAAAGAUUUACACAUCUCGAGUUAGUUAUAAUGAAGAAGUAACAAGAAAAGGGUGAAAAAAGUUGUAUUUCGGCUACCAAAAAAAAAAAAACACUUUUUUGCCUUUAUGGAUUUGUACAUCUGAUCUCAAGCAGGUUCAAGUUGGUUGGUCUUUUUUCCCUUUCUCGUCUCGAUCGAGUUUCUUUCUCCUAACUCCAGAAUUUGGUUCUUGAGGAUCUCAAAAAAGGUCUUUCCUUUUUCUUCUUCUACCUAGAGAUUAUAGAAAUGGGUACAUACCUAAGCUCUCCGAAAACUGAUAAGUUAUCAGAAGAAGGUGAGAAUGAUAAGCUGAGAUAUGGCUUAUCGUCUAUGCAAGGUUGGCGUGCCACCAUGGAAGAUGCGCAUGCUGCGAUUCUUGAUCUGGAUGAUAAGACAUCUUUCUUCGGUGUUUAUGAUGGCCAUGGAGGUAAAGUUGUAGCAAAGUUCUGUGCCAAGUAUCUGCACCAGCAGGUUCUCAGUAAUGAAGCAUAUGGAGCUGGAGACAUAGAAACGUCUCUUCAAAGAGCAUUUUUUAGAAUGGAUGACAUGAUGCAAGGACAGAGAGGAUGGCGGGAGUUAGCUGUACUCGGUGACAAGAUGAACAAAUUUAGCGGCAUGAUUGAAGGAUUCAUAUGGUCACCAAGAAGCGGUGACUUCAAUAACCAGCCUGAUAAUUGGCCUCUUGAGGAUGGUCCUCAUUCUGAUUUCCCGGGACCUACUUCCGGGUGUACAGCAUGUGUUGCUCUUAUUAAAGAUAAGAAGCUCUUUGUUGCGAAUGCUGGUGAUUCGCGUUGUGUGAUAUCGAGGAAGGGACAGGCGUACAAUCUUUCUAAAGAUCACAAGCCUGAUCUUGAAGUUGAAAAAGAAAGGAUAUUGAAAGCUGGUGGUUUCAUUCACGCUGGGAGAAUCAAUGGAAGCUUGAACCUGACAAGAGCCAUUGGUGACAUGGAGUUCAAGCAGAAUAAGUUCUUACCAUCUGAAAAGCAAAUGGUUACUGCCGAUCCAGAUAUAAACACUAUUGAACUAUGUGAUGAUGAUGAGUUUCUCGUUGUUGCUUGCGAUGGAAUCUGGGAUUGUAUGUCAAGCCAGCAACUGGUGGAUUUCAUCCAUGAACAGUUAAAAUCUGAAACAAAACUUUCGGCUGUAUGUGAAAAAGUUGUUGAUAGAUGUUUGGCUCCAGACACUGCGAGUGGUGAAGGUUGUGAUAAUAUGACCAUCAUUGUGGUUCAGUUCAAGAAGCCUAACCCUUCAGAGACCGAACCAGAAGAAGAAGAAACCAAGCCAGAACCAGAGCCAAGCCAGGACGAGCCGAGCUCAUCAAGCUAGAUGUCCUUAAAGAGCCUAAGAAGAAGAUUUGGAAGUCUCAUAUCGUUGACUUUGGUUCAACAUUGUGUAAAUGCUUUUGAAUGGCUUUAAGAGAAGCAGGAGCUGGCGUUUAUUCGGAUUUUAGUUUUUAACUAAGUUUACACAGCUUCUCGUUACUCUCACAUAGACACUGGUUUCAUCGGUUCCUGUAAUCAAAAGCGACUUUGUAUAUGUCUUUGUGAUUUAUGGGAAAAUGUUGUUAGGAUAUUUUCACAUUCACAAACAAAUCCAUGAGAUUUACAGAAUGUUGUUUUCUAUCUUGCUUCUUCUAAAUCUAUAAGCUAAACAAUCUUUUUCA